AUGCGCAGGAGAGUCACCGAGGACAGCAUACUCGCCAUACAAAUAUUUGACCAGAAAAAGUUCAAGAAGAAGGACCAGGGGUUUCUGGGAGUGAUCAAUAUCCGUAUUGGUGAUGUGAUUGAUCUUGCUAUCGGUGAUGAUGCUGACAUCUUUGCCCUAGAAAUGCUUACCAGAGAUCUCAAAAAGUCAAACGAUAAUCUUGUUGUUCAUGGCAAACUCAUUCUCAACCUCUCUACAAAUCUAUCUACGCCGGUUCCCACAUCGCAAACCGGAGCUUCACGUCCUAUCAACAAUCGCACCUCAACAUCACCUGUUCCCGCCGCUCAGACGACUACCACCCCCUCAGUUUCAACACCUCUGACUGGACCGCGCCCAACUUCCACGGCUCAGGAGCCGUUGGUCAAUAACUCCAGCUCUCACUUGGCCCCUACAAAUCCUUCUUCUUCCGCAUCCACGGCCGUGGCGCCGCUUACUACCUCACCUCAACAACCCACUGCUCCAGCCCGAGCAAAUGUAGGCAGUACCUUUGAAGACAGCCAGGGCAGGUUGCCCACCGGCUGGGAACGGCGAGAGGAUAACCUGGGGCGAACUUAUUACGUAGACCAUAAUACCCGAACCACAACUUGGAACCGGCCAGCGCAAAACUACAAUGAGCAGACGCAGCGGACUCAAAUGGAGGCCAAUAUGCAGAUGGAGCGCCGGGCCCAUCGGAGCCGAAUGCUGCCAGAGGAUCGAACAGGUGCAAACUCGCCUGAUUCCCAGCAGCAGGCCCGGACGCCACCUACAGCUCCAACAGCGAAUGCAGUAGCAAUGAUGGCCAGCAAUACCACUACCCCUGGUACGGGGGAGCUUCCUUCAGGCUGGGAACAGCGAUAUACCCCUGAAGGCCGCCCAUAUUAUGUUGACCAUAAUACUCGAACCACAACCUGGGUGGAUCCCCGCCAGCAGCAGUUUGUCCAGAUGUAUGGCCCUGAUAACGGGAACCAUCUUGCAUCCCAGACAGUAAACCAUCUGGGCGCACUGCCGAGUGGCUGGGAGAUGCGGUUAACAAACACUGCCCGUGUGUACUUUGUGGACCACAACACUAAGACAACUACCUGGGAUGAUCCCCGGUUACCGUCUUCCCUCGACCAGGGUGUGCCACAGUAUAAGCGUGACUUCCGGCGCAAAUUGAUAUAUUUCAGAUCCCAACCUGGUCUACGGAUAAUGUCUGGCCAAUGCCAUGUCAAAGUUCGACGUGGUGCCAUUUUCGAGGAUUCUUUUGCAGAAAUAAUGAGACAAAGUCCCGCAGACCUAAAGAAGCGUUUAAUGAUCAAAUUUGACGGAGAAGACGGAUUAGAUUAUGGUGGUCUUUCAAGAGAAUUUUUCUUCCUUCUUUCGCACGAAAUGUUCAAUCCGUUCUAUUGCUUAUUUGAAUACUCCGCUCAUGAUAAUUAUACCCUUCAGAUAAACCCGCACUCGGGCAUCAACCCUGAGCAUUUGAACUAUUUCAAGUUCAUUGGCCGCGUGGUUGGCCUGGCCAUCUUCCAUCGUCGGUUCCUUGACUCUUUCUUCAUCGGUGCUUUUUACAAGAUGAUGCUACGAAAGAAAGUCACCCUUCAGGAUAUGGAAGGUGUUGAUGAAGAUUUCCAUCGCAAUUUGACAUGGACGCUUAAUAACGAUAUCGAUGGUAUAAUUGAACUUACGUUUUCGAUUGAUGAUGAGCAAUUUGGCGAGCGCAGGACAAUAGAUUUGAUCCCCGAUGGAAGAAAUAUCCCCGUUACAAAUGAGAAUAAGAAACAAUAUGUGGAGCUAGUGACAGAGUGGAAGAUUCAGAAGCGAGUGGAAGAGCAGUUCAACGCAUUCAUCACCGGAUUCAACGAACUUAUACCUGCCGAGCUCGUCAACGUCUUUGACGAGCGAGAACUUGAGCUUCUUAUCGGCGGUAUCGCUGACAUCCAUAUCGAUGACUGGAAGAAACACACCGACUACCGUGGCUACCAGGAAGACGAUGAGGUUAUCCAGAACUUCUGGAAAGUUAUAAGAAGUUGGGAUGCCGAGCAGAAGUCUCGAUUACUCCAGUUCGCCACUGGUACAUCACGUAUCCCCGUCAAUGGAUUUAAGGAUCUUCAGGGCAGUGACGGGCCUAGGAGAUUUACGAUCGAGAAGUCAGGAGACAUCAAUGCUCUGCCCAAAUCACAUACCUGGUACGUCUGUUUCUUGUUUCCAUCUACCAGCUCCAAGUUCUUCGCUAACAGAAAUAGUUUCAACCGGCUCGAUCUACCCCCUUAUAAGACAUAUGAAGCUUUACAGAACAAACUUACCAUUGCCGUUGAAGAGACACUCGGUUUCGGCCAGGAGUAA